UAUUCGUCAUAUCGAAGUUGGAGUGUUUGGUGUCACGACGAGUAUUCUCGUCAUAUCAAAGUUGGAGUAUUUUGGGUUAUGACGAGUAUACUCGUCAUGGAGAAAUGGCAGUAUUUUAUGUCAUAACGAGUAUACUCGUCAUAUCGAAGUUGGAAUAUUUUAUGUCAUGACGAAUAUACUCGUCAUAUCGAAUCGACAGUAUUUUAUAUCACGACGAGUAUACUCAUCAUAUCGAAGUUGGAGUACUUUGUAUCAUGACGAGUAUACUCGUCAUACCGAAGCGGCAGUAAUUUGUGACGAGAAUACUUGUCGCGCGUAAUAAGUAGUGUCCGCGUCUCUGUUUAACAUGUAUAAAAUUUCGAAAACCUGAGUUCAUCUUUCCUUGCCAUUGCAAGCAAUAACUAUACACCAAUAAUAACAACAAUAACAAAAUUGAAAACAAAAAUGAUUCAAAUCAUUGCCUAUCAGACCAGUCCUAUCAUCAAAAAAAAAGAAUCUCAAGUCGUCUAGCACAGCUUCAAAAAUAUCACGACGCUUCGAAUGGGCGCGCGAAGUCUUCCUGCAUGAACAUUCUAAACCGCUUAAUACUUCGAAAAGGGUAAGCAACGGCGACCCGACUGGGCGAUAAAGAGCGCGGAAUGGUAAAAUAAGUUGGACGAGUCAAUCGGGACGCUAUCACGUCGAAAACGUGACGCGCUGUCACAUCAGGGGUGAUGGGGGCGACCACCUCUCUGUCGCGGCUGGUCCGCGAGUGCCGUGGAAUACGGCGCGGAGAGGAGGCCGGCUGGCCGACUUCUUCCUCCUCUCGAACGCGACACGCUUAUCCGCCGUCCGGUUUUCUCGGUCACGGCUCUCCGCGAAGGGGGAACGCGCAGGACGAACCACGCUCGUUCCUACAUUAUCCCCACGUGAGCACCGGCAGGCAUCGCGCGUCGAUUCCUCUCUUCCUCUUCUUCCUCUUCCUUCGUCUUCGCGUUCUGCGUCUCCUUCCAGCCGGCGGGGUGCGACGAGGAGCGUGUUACCGGCGCGCAUUCAGCGGCCGCUCAAAGCAGAGGAGCCACCAGUGUUGCCUCCGCGGCCGCAGAAUUUUUCAUCCCGCCGCGAACGUGCCAGUGGACCCGCAGUUCUCGCCAGGCCCCGCUGGGUGCUAACCCUAAUCAAUUGCGCGGCGUCCAGGUCGGAACCGGCUGAAUCGCGCGGGCUCAGUGCGCGCGAAACUGUGCCAAAUUCUAGCGCGAAUUCAACUGGCUUCGCGGAAACAGCUUCCUUCUUGCACGAGCCUGCUUCGAAGCACCGCCAGGAGCUAGUGACUGUGAAUGGUGUUCUGUGAAUUUGGGGGACAAGGUUCGACCAGGCAGCUAUGACGGCGAGGAGAUUCAUUCUGGUUUCGGUGGCAGUUGUGCUACUAUCCUCGAUUAAUGUCAGUACUGAGGAGGACCUGAAAGAAGAUGCGGACAUCAACGACCGUAAAGAAGACAACGUGACGACUGUCGCGUCUGUCAAGGUUACCAGUGAGCAGCUGAAGAACAGGACGACGAAGAUUUCGGUUCGAUCGUCCACUAGCAACGAGACUCGUCAGAGCUCCGGCCGAGGACUGGUGCUGCCGCUCAGCUCGGAGAUCGGAAAGGUGAUCGCGGAGGAUGCAACUGGCGACGAAGAGGUGCCGGAAGAAUUGCCCGAGGCCCAAGAGCUGAAGAUCGUCAGGCCCAAUUUGAGGAAGCGUCCAGUCUAUCGAGCGCCACCGCCGCGAAGGCCGUCGCCGACGAAUCGAAGAAACGUAUACACAGAUCUGACGAGGACGCCGUUGAUCAGGCCGCCGCGGCGGCCGGACUCGCGGAGGGACCCCACCGAGAAGGAGUGCACUUUCUUCACGAAGACGGUGUGCCUCGAGGCGGCCGAUUAUCCGCACGAGGCAAUAAUCAGGAGCUUGAGGAGCAACAAAGAAAUGGUCGCAGCGUUGCUGACCGACUACAAGGCGCAGGAUUUCGACGAUUCCGGUGAAAGCAUAUCGGCCCCUUCGUCCUACGAGAAUAGAUACGAUGGACGGUACGAGCAUCGAUUCGAGAGUAAUGAAAUCCGACGGCGGUCCGACACCAGCUCGUCGUUCGAGAACGUCGAGGAAGGCUUCACCUGUCCCUCGACCAUCAAAUACGCGCGGCCUCAGCUUGCAAGAGCAGCAUCAGGAAUUUGGAAAUAUAUAAUCAACACUGGCGAGCAUACACAAACCUUGCGACUGGAGAAGUGUUCGACCACUCAGUCAAGCUGUUCUUUCAUCUCCGAGAACUAUCGAUCGUCCUGCGUGCAGGUGUACAACUACCAUCGGCUGCUCACUUGGGACAACAAGCUCGGCCUACACAUGGACAUAUUCAAGGUGCCGUCCUGCUGCAGCUGCCACGUGCACGGUUACGCGGAUCUGUUCCCGCCGCUUCAGAAGGACCCGUCCCCGAAGCUGAAGGAAUCGUUCCCGGGCUCCGAUUUCAUGACGAACAGCGAGCAAAAGGAGGACUACGAGGAUGUCUCUAAACUGAGCUAUUUGAACAAGUUCGCGUCGAGCUUCGACACAUCCCUUGGUGGGAGCAACAAAAAGCCCCUGGAGAUCCAGCCGAGCCGAACGUCCGUCUCCCUGCCGGUGAGGCCCAGGCCGAAGAAGCCUUCCUCUUCGGGUUCGAGGCCCUUCGACAACAAGCUGCCGCAGCAACACGCGCCGAACACGCGGGCUCCGGGUUACACGGGCCCGCUCUCGAAGGGACCAAGGCCCAGCCGACCGAGUCGACCGCCGUUCAGACGGGAGUCGACGUUGCACGUCGAGGAAAGCAACGCGGAACCGGCCGGUAACAGUUCGCUCGGAAACAGGUUCAGCCAGCCGUACGAUCUCGACGUGGACGCGUCGUCGCGGCUGCAGAACGGCGGCUUCGACGACGAGUACCAGGAGCCGCAGAGGCGGGUCAAUUACAAUUACCAUCCGAUCAUCGACUUCUUCAGACCGGAGGCCUCGAUGCUGCUUUCGGCCGAGUCCAAGCCGGCACCGGCCACCGACGACACGAACUCGUGGAAACCGGUGAUCGCGUCCUAAGCGACGAUUCGUUCCCUUCGGAGUACCUGAUCGUAUCUACUGUUAAUUAAGACGACGCGAUUUGUCGCCGUUCGACCGGUCGCGAGCGCGACGUUUACUCGGAGCGCGCUGUUCAGAGCCGGCGAGAAGAAGCGAAGGCUGCGCUGGCCUUAUCUUCCGCGCAUCUGCUUGGCCGUUUUCGCGGAGCAGUAAAAAUAAAAUAAAGUAAUUAUAAAUAAAUAUAAAUAUAUAUUAUAAUAAAAGAAAUAAAAUACCGACAUCAUGGUCAAUGUAGGAAACAGUAACGGAUUUAAUUGAAAAUUUAUAUGUAAGGGUUUUUAUGAUCGCGGAUCCAAUAUGGCGGAUGGGUUUUUGAAAAAAUUAUUCGAUUUUCACGAAAAUUGGUAUAUCUAUAUUUUCGGACGUUGUGAUUACGAAUCUGAAUUUCGAUUUUGGAAAAACAAAAUGGCGGAUCCAAUAUGGCGGACGUGUUUUUGAGAAAAUGAAUCGAUUUUCACGAAAAUUAGUAUACCUAUAUUUUCGGGAAUUCUAAUUACGAAUCUGAAUUUCGAUUUUGGAAAAACAAAAUGGCGGAUCCGAUAUGGUGGAUGAGUUUUCGAUAAAAUGAUUCGAUUUUCACGAAAAUUGGUAUACUUAUAUUUUCAGAAAUUCUAAUUACGAAUCUGGAUUUCGAAUUCGAAAAAAACAAAAUGGUGGAUGCAAUAUGGGCGGAUGAGUUUUUGAAAAAAUAAUUCGAUUUUCACGAAAAUUGGUGUACGUAUAUUUUCAGAAAUUCUGUUUGCGAAUCUGAAUUUAGAAUAUAAAAAAACAAAAUGGCGGACAACCAAUCGAAGCCGCAUUCUUUACAGACGUCUUCUCGUCGGCUCCGAACAGUAGCAUCUUGAAAAGUGUUCGACUAUAAAUCAACGAGUUGUAUCGACGUUGUUUGUACUGGACUGCUCGGUAGAACGUUAGUGAGCGUUCAAUGCCUGUAGAAGUAUUAUGGUCGCGCGGGGCAGGUGCAAUCGCGAGCCAAUUGUAAUUAUGUAAUAUUCUACGAAACGUGUUCUAUUUAUUAUACUUGUGGGGAUUGAUAUUUUAGAAGGUCCGUGUCGGCAAAUAAACGCAACGACUCCCUAA